GUCUAUUGUCAUAACUCAUGUGGUCGAUGCGGUACAUAGGUUAUUGUAAAUUUAUAUGGUUUUUUUGCAAAAAUUGAUAUGACAACAUCAAUUAUGGAUUUGAAACGUCUCAUAGAUCAGCUAGAAGAUAAGGAAGAUUCGAUUUUUAGAGAAAACACUUCAGAAAUAUCGAAAGGCAUACUAGAAGAUAAAAUAACUAUCCUUAGCUUAAUAGAACAACUGGAUCAAUUGCUUACCGACGAACAUGCCUCUAAGAGAGAACUAGGUACAACUAUAUUAACCGAAGUUUUAAGAGGAAUUCCACUGGAUUACUUAAAUGUGCCACAAUUGGAAGUUUUAGCUUUAUUCUAUAGCAGUAAGCUCGAAGAUCAUCACCAGGUUAUUCCUACUACUUUAUUAGGAAUCUUAACAUUAAUUCAAUUUAAGAAUUUUCCUGGGAAAAAGGUACCAAUUCUACUCAAUGCUAUUUUCAAAAAUGUUCCCUGUCAACAACAACAAAGAGCAGAUAGGUACCAUAUAUAUCAGAUUUUUGAAUUUUCAUUAAGGGAAUUCAAAGAAGAAUUACUGGCGUUGAAGUUAGAAUUUGUAUAUAUGGUAUUGAUGACCGUAGAUGGGGAAAGAGAUCCUAAAAAUUUGCUGUUCCUAUUUAAAUGGAUGAGGCUGUUCCUUAGUACUUUUUCCCUUCAGCAUCUAACUGAAGAUAUAUUUGAUGUAUUGGCAUGCUACUUUCCUGUGGAUUUUAGGGCACCUCCAAACGAAACAAUUAUAACUAGAGAAGCUUUAGCUGAAGCUUUGGCUCCAUGUUUGUAUGCUAUUCCAGAUUUUGGUGAAUCAGGUGUAACUUUGGCAUUGGAAAAAUUGGAUUCUUCCUUGGAAAUCGCAAAAACAGAUAGUUUGAACCUUUUGAAAGAAGGCUGUGCUACAUAUCCAACCUCAGUGUAUAUAGAAAAAUCAUCGGAAAUAUGGUCACUGAUUCAAAAAGAAAUUUUAACUGGCAGUUCUAAUGAAAUUAUAUCACAGUGUUUAGAAACACUUUCGGCAAUUAUUUCCAAAAUUUCAGAGGACGAAACAGAUAGGUGUAUAGAUGUUAUACACAACAUAUUUGACACUUUGAAAGGCAACUUAUUACCAGACUCUCAAUUAUUUGAAAAAUCAUCAGUCAUUUUAGUAUAUGUUGCUGUAGGAUCCCAACGAUCGUGUAAAUAUCUAAUAAAAGAAAUAAUACCGAUUUUGACCAACAUUUACAACAUGACUGCAUAUAAUGAUCAACGGUCCCUUAUUGUUAAAACUUUAGUUGAGUUCACAAAAGUGCAUUUGAAAUAUUACAAAAGUCUAAUGAGUGAAGAAGUUCCCGAAUUACAAAAAAUCCCUGUAAUGUGCUUAGAAGUACUCAAUUUUGGAGAAAAUAGUAGGAAAAUUGCCUUUGAGUGCUUAAAUAGUUUGAUACCAUAUUUAACAAAUGAGUUGAAAUCUACAAUUUAUCCAACUCUACAGUCUUCAAUUUUCACAAAAGAUCCACCAGAAACUAAACAACUGUUUUUACAGUGUCUUAAAACCACUGCCGUUUAUUUUCCAGAUGAAGUGAAACAAAACAUACUUGUAGAAUUAAAUCCUCAAAUUUCUACUUUAGAUUAUAUUUUAGAAGCAUUGAUCGUCUUAAUUAAUUUGAAAAAUUUCCGGCAGUUUGUUAUACAAACUUACUUAGAAGCUAUUGCACGCCCGGCGUUUUCUAAAAUUGCAAUAAAAAACACAAGAUAUUUAAUAGAAAAGGAACAACAAAACCAGGAACUGUUAAAAGAGUUGAUAGAAUUAAAUUUACUACACAACCUUAUAGAAUCAGCGCUAGUCAAUGACUUUACAGACAUGGACAUUCUAAAAGAUAUUUCUGUGAUUUUAAAAUAUUUAAUGUGUUCUCAAGAAAGUUAUGUUCAGAAAGAAAUUCUCGAUAAAUAUUUCGAAAUUAUUUUUGAAAAAAUUCAACACAAUCAUUCAAUUUUAGCAAUAAUGAAUGGCUUAGUAUGUGGUUUAAGACGAGAUUUAAUAGUUGACCAAAAACUGAUGAACGUUUGUUUUAAUUUAAGUACAGGAAGCGAAAAUAAUGACGUUAGGUUAAUUGCCUCCCAAUGUUUGGCGAAUUUAACUAAUAAAAUGAAAGAUGAACAAAAUUUGGUCGAAUUCUUAACAAAAACGAAAGAAGAAAGUUUACAUUUGAUGAUGUCCUCAUCUAAGAAUAUAAUUUUAACAUUGUCCUGGAUAACAAAAGCAUUAUUAAUGAGAAAUCAUUCUUACGGGCUAAUAUGGUUGAAUUGGUUAUUAGAAUUAUUAGAAAAAUACAAUGAAGUAACCGAAGGAUUACGAAUUAUCAUGAAAGAAAAUUUUGAUUCAAUGGGAGAUGAUGUUUUCUGUUAUAGAUCACCUCUCUAUAGACAGAAAACAUUCGUUUAUGCAACUAAUAAGAUAGCAGACCAAUAUGAUAACGAUAGAACAGUAUAUUUAACAGCUCUUGGUUAUUUGUUAGAAUUUGCUCCUUCGCAGGCAGUUGAACUUCAAUUUCCAAAAAUUUGUAGGUAUGUUUUAUUGUGUUUAGAAAAAAGUAAUGAAUCUCAAAUAUUACAAGUCAUUUUAAAAAUUACCAACACAAUAUGUAACAAUAAUAGUGCCUUAAUAGAACAACAUUUGGAAGAUUUUCUCGAUAGGAUAUUGAAACUCACGCAGUUUCAGCUGAGCCUGUUAGUACGAAGGGCAGCAUUGCAAUGUCUUAUAACGUUUACAACAACUUUUCCCGUAUAUAAAUUAUUACCAUUCAAAUUGAAGGUUCUUCGACAAUUGGGAUUGUGUGUAGACGACAAAAAGAGACUAGUACGAAAAGAUGCAAUGGAAGCUAGAUCUUUAUGGUUCCUUUUAGAUGCUCCAGUUUGAUUUUUCAUAGUUUAUCAAUUAUAGUUUUUGAUUUUUU